UAAAAUGACUGUGGUAGUAUUUAAAACAAGGACGUUCCUCAGAAACGGCGAUACUUCGUUUGCCUUUUUGACUCUUCUCUCUUUUAUACUUAUCUCGCUCUCUCUCUCUCUCAAUUCACAAUACUGUGUAAAAAAAAAAAAACUCUCUUUUUUAACUCUCUCUCUCUCUCUCUCUCUAGAUGGAGAGACGAACGAGAAGAGUCAAGUUCUCAGAGCAUCGUACGGUCACAACCGUAGUAGCUAAGCAGAGUGAGGACUCACCACGGCUGGUUCGUAUCGCUGUUACUGACCCUUUCGCUACCGACUCAUCAUCUGGCGAAGACGAAGACAACGUCACGGUGGCGGCUCCAAGACCAAGAGUGAAGAGAUACGUCGAGGAGAUUAGGUUCUGCCAAGGCGAAUCAUCCUCCUCCUCCGCCUUCGCCGCCGUGACGGCGGCGAGGAAAGCUAAACUCAAGGCGGAGAAAGCCGUGGUUGAUCAUGAUGACGUGUCUUCGUCGUCGGUGAAGCCUAAAAAGUACAGAGGCGUUAGGCAGAGGAAGUGGGGGAAAUUCGCGGCGGAGAUCAGAGAUCCGUCGAGCCGUACUAGGGUUUGGUUAGGGACUUUUGUCACGGCGGAGGAAGCUGCUGUGGCUUACGAUCGAGCCGCGAUUCAAAUGAGAGGACAUAACGCUCUGACCAAUUUCCUUACCCCUCCUCCGUCUCCAUCUCCGCCGCCGCCGACGCCUCUCAUCGAUCUCGAUACGGUUUCCGCUUGCGAUUCAGGGAAAGAUUCUCGCCAGACCCUCCAUUCUCCGACCUCUGUUCUCAGAUUUAACGCUAACGAGGAAACAGAGUACAGAACAGAGCAUGAGAUUGAACCGAUCGAGCUAUCUCCGGUGAAAUCAGAACCGUGGUUCCCGGAUCCGUUUCCGUUACCGGAUCUAUCUCUCGCCGACGACUAUUUAUGGGAUUCCGAAACUGCCCCUGACCUUUUGUUUCUCGAUGAUGAAGAACUCAAAAUCCAAUCACCGUUGUUACCGCUAAACACAGAGUAUUGGAAAAAAGAAGGGAACGAAGAAUCUGAAGAUUUCUCCUUCAGACUGAUCGAAGAAGACUUUUCAUGGGAUGUGGAUAAUUUCUUCGACCUUCAUCAUCAUCAUCACUCUCGAGAUUAAACAAAAAAAUCCAAACUUUGGGAAGACGAUAUGUUCUCUCAACUUCUUGGGAGAUUUUUUUUGUUUGGGGUGAUGAUGACGUGAAUGUAUCUUGACCGUCGGAUACCUUCUUGUCUGGAUGACGUGGACAGUUCAGAUCAACUGAAGCGCCAAAGAAGACAAAAAAAGGAAGUUUUGUUUUUUAAUUAAUUUGUGGGUAAAUAUCUUUUGUUAAGAGACUUGAGAGAGUAAAAUGUUUAGUCGUGUUUAUGAAGAUAACAACAGCUUCGUUAUUUGGUUUCCUCUCUCUGAGAUUUGUCUCAAUGGUAGGAAACAGUAUAUAAAUGUGUUUCUAUGUCUCUUAUUAAUUUUUUUUUUAAAUGUAAAUUAAUUUCGUAUGAAUUUCUCUUCUAUUUUGAUUA